CUGCUCCUAGAGCGCGCUGCCCAGCAGUUAGAGACUGGGACGGAAGCCUACGUGCGCGUAAGCCUUUGGUCCUCGCACGCUUUCGGUCCCCCAGUUCCCAGCCACUACUCCUCGCAGCCCGGGUGCCCGAAGCUUGUGGCCUCUCCACCAGCGGCAGUCCCUGACUCAGGGUAUUUGUGGAUUCGGGGCACCUGCCGGGGAGUUUUACCCCACAGCCACGUCUGCAGGACCCUGGUUGUUGCCUCUUCCUGCAGUGCCAGACUCCGCCGGGUGUCAAAGUCGAGUCAAGUGCUUCUCAGUGCACUGCAGGUGGAUGGAAACAACCCCCUCACGGAGUUUUUAGACGAUGUCCUGCCGGAGAGGAUGCAUUUUCUGUACUUCUCCAAGGGAAGUCAUUAUGUGAUUAACACAUCUUCAUCAGAUUUCCUCUGAUUUACCCUGAAGUGUAUGUGAGAAUGAUGUGCACUGCCAAGAAAUGUGGAGUUAGAUUCCAGCCUCCAGCUAUUAUCUUAAUCUAUGAGAAUGAAAUGAAGGGGAAAAGUCGCCAGCGCAUUAUGCCUGUACGAAACUUUUCAAAGUUUUCAGAUUGCAACAGAGCUGCUGAACAAUUAAAGAAUAAUCCACGACACAAGAGUUACUUGGAACAGGUGUCCUUGAGACAGCUAGAGAAGUUAUUCGUUUUUUUACGAGGUUACUUGUUGGGACAGAGUUUGGCAGAAACAAUGGAACAAAUUCGACGGGAAACAACUAUUGAUCCUGAGGAAGACCUGAACAAACUAGAUGACAAGGAACUUGCUAAAAGGAAGAGCAUCAUGGAUGAACUUUUUGAGAAAAAUCAGAAGAAGAAGGAUGAUCCAAAUUUUGUUUAUGACAUCGAAGUUGAGUUUCCACAGGAUGAACUGCAGUCUUGUGGCUGGGACACAGAGUCAGCAGAUGAGUUCUGAUCCCCAAAACAAACAUUUAUUGGGUAACAGAAACUCCAUGUUUAUACAGAGAAUAGAGAUUAGUUCUAGAAAAUUCUGUAAAGAACACUAAAUGUACAUGUUGGAUCAUAUUUGGAUUGACCAUGUGACUUUUCAAAACCAAGACAUGUAGAAAAUCUACUAUGUAGGUGCAUGAGGAAUAUAGAAAAAACAGAACAUAGGAAUCUGACUUUAAGGAGCUUACAAUCUAAUUGGAAGAUAUGUCAAAAACUUGUGAAAAGCUAAUGAACAGUAUUAGGCAGCAAAAAUAUUAAAGCCAAAUGAUUGAUAAAGAUGAAAAAGGGUCACAGCCUAGAUUACUGUAGAGCAGAAUAGUCAGGGAAGACUUGGUCCUUUAGUGGCAAGAUGGGACUUUGGCCCUUGAAGUGGUAGUACUUGAAUAGAAGCUUGUAUAGGAUUCCAGAUGAGAGAAAUUGGGAGGAAAAAGAGGGGAAGGGUACAGUAAGCAAAUUAUAAUUUUAUUAAAUUAUAUCAGAUAAUUUUAUCAGAUUAGAGGGUGUGUAUGGUUACAAGGGGAUUAUCCUGUAUAUAUUAUGUCUUUAUAUACAUUUAACUCUGUUUUACAAGUAUUUAAUUCUGGAGUAGAAGAGCAAGUCCAUGUCCUUUGAUGGACAGCAGGGGGAUUCUGCCCUUCUGGUAUCAGGAAAUAUAAACCAAAGACAUUCUGAAACCCUGAACCUCUUCCCGUAAGUAAGAGGUUUCUUUAUAAAAUGGGAACUCUACCCAUAAUAAAUGAACAAUAAGUCCUGCCAGUUUGGACCUGUUCCUGAAUUUGCAUGUACAAAGAAGAUUUUUGUUGAACAAGGUUAUAUGUGUAUAGAUCUUUCUUUCUAUAUUAUUAUUUGAUCAGUAGAAAUCCUGCAUUUUCUGCAAGGAAAUUAAUACUAAAUAAAGCUGGAAAAAUUAGUCAUUCUUUGUCUGUUUCUACUCUCUUUACCAUUAUAAGCCCCCACUAAAGGGAUCAUUCUUAUAGUGACACCACCAGGGACUUAAGAUGGUCAUGACUCAUGUAUAUUUGCCAAAGGUGGCAAAAGAAUUUUCAGAAUUGGAGAUUCCUUUAUAUCUGCAUAAUAUUUUAGUUUAUAGAUAUAGAUGAUAUAUUUUAAAGUUGACUUUAGAUUGUUUUCUCCUUUCACUGUUACAAACAAUGCAAAUAACCUUGUACAUUCUCUAUUUUGCAUGUGUACAUGACUAUAAAUAAUGCAUAGAGGGGAAUUGUUGGAUAUGUGCAUUCUAAAUUUUCAUAGAUAUUGCUAAAUUUUCUUCCAGAGAGUUAGUUUCUUUCUUUCUUCCUUUCUUCCUUUCUUUCCGUGCUUUGUACCGUAUAAGUACCUACUAUGUGCUGAGCAUGUACUGUUCUAGAGUCUGGGGAUGCAGCAGUAUAUACAACAAAGUCCUUGCCUUUAUAUAAGGUUUACAGUCUAGUUGGAAAGGGAACAGUAAACAAGUUAUGUCCUAUGAUAAGUAGUCAGAGGGGAUGGAAGCCACUGGUUUUGAUACAGUUGAUCAGAGAAGGUCUCAUUGAAGAGGUAACAUUUGAGCAAAGGCCUGAAGCAAGUAGGGAAAAAAUAUGCAUUUCAGGGGUAGUGGAGAAAGGUAAGUGCAUAGGUCUCAGGGUAGUGUGCUUGGCAUAGUUGAGGGACAGCAAGGAGGGCGAUGUGGCUCAUACAGAUGAAGCGAGAGAAAAUGGUAGGAGAUGCGGUUGGAGCACAUGAAGGUCUGUCUGAAAAAAGUGCAACCAUUGUUUAUGUAGCGAGAACAGUUUGUACAACAGCAAUGUAACCUGGCAGCCAAGGAGAGUGGACUGGAAUGUGCAUGUGUGAACAAUGACAACUUCACUGUACUAGUCAGUGGGGGUGGUAGAUGCUGUUGAGUGAGCAUGUGUACUGUGUGGCCAUCACAUUCAAAAUGACUGAGUGAGUAGAGCAACGAAUCUGUAUCAAAUUUUGUGUUAAGCUUGAACAGUCCUCCAUGGAAACUAUUCAGAUGAUUCAGAAGGCUUUCUGCAACAAUACAAUGAGUGCAGCGCAUAUUAAAGUGUGGCACAAUGCUUCAGAUGAUCGAGAAUCUGUUGAAAGUGACCCAUAUUCUGGAAGGCCUGCAAUAAGCAGAACUCUUGAGAAGGUUGAAUGCUUAUGGGCUGCAAUCAACAAAGAUCAGAGAACUGUGUGAGGUCCCAAGGUGCCUACUUUGGAGGCAACUGAGACGUUAUUGUCCUGGGUACAAUGUUUCUUGUAUCUGGUAUCUUCUUCAAUAAAUAUCUCUAUUUUUCAUAUUA